AUGUCCAACGAAACCUACAACCUCGUUAAAUCCCGCUACGGCGACAUCGCUAGGCAGACCACUACCACCGAGGAGCACGACAAAGAGGAGAGUAUCGCCCGCGCCUUCGGCUACAGCGCCGAUGACCUUAGCUCGCUGCCGGAAAAGACCAAUCUCGGCCUAAGCUGCGGCAACCCGGUGGCUUUUGCGCAUGGCGAGACGGUCCUAGACCUAGGAAGUGGGAGCGGUAUUGACGUGCUCCUGGCGGCUCGGAAAGUCGGGCCUACCGGGCAGGCUAUCGGGGUUGAUAUGACGAGGAGUAUGAUCGACCUCGCCGAGAAGAACAUCAAAGCGGCCGGCGUGUCCAACGCACGAAUCAUCGAAGCAAACAUCACAUCCAUCCCGCUCCCAGAUUCCAGCGUCGAUUGCAUUAUUAGUAACUGCGUCAUCAAUCUCGUCCCCAGUUCCGAUAAAGCCGGAGUGUUCAAGGAGAUUGCCCGGCUACUGAAACCCGGCGGGAGAGUGGCGAUCAGCGAUAUUCUCGCCAGAAAGCCGCUUCCGGAUACUAUCACCAAGAACAUGGCGCUAUAUGUCGGGUGUGUGGCUGGUGCGAGUCAGAUUGGGGAGUAUAAAAGGUAUUUGCAGGAGGCUGGGUUUGAAGAUGUGCUUAUUGUUGAUGCAAAGUCUGAUCUUAACCUCUACAAGGGGUCUUCGUAUCUCCCCCAGAGCCAGAACUCAUGCUGUGGUAGUGGCUGUGGAGCACGGGAUGCUACAAAUGAGUUUGCUGAUCUGGAUUUCAAUGAGUGGGUUGGUUCUUUCCAGAUCUAUGCUGUCAAGGGGUAA